AUGUAUGGAAAGAAAAAAGAACACAAAGACAGCGCAACCUGUGCUGUUACUCACGGGAGAGCUUUGAAAACCAAUAGAAUGUCCAAAUCUGACAAAAUAACAUUUAUGAUAAUUGUUGGUCUUACAAUACUUAUUACCACCUUGUUUAGCUUCAUCAUUCAUCUUAAGCCCAACAACUUUAUUAACCUUCAAAACCGAUAUAGCAUUUUCUCUGCUUGGAGAAAUGCUGAAAUCCCAAACAUUUUACAAAAACCAGGAAAGAUAGACCAACAAAUAAGUGAGAUGUUGAAUCAUGUAAAUUGGUCUAUGCCAAACGUGGACUUCACAUACCUAAAUCAAACAACCAGUGCCAAUAAUAGCACAGCAACCAUUGUAAAUUAUAAACCUACAUACUGUGUUGGAGACAAUAUAACAGUUCGAGUCGAUAUGUAUAACUACUUGGGAGAAAAGAAGACUUAUGGAGGAGACUUCUUACGAGCUCGGAUUUUUUCCCCAAACCUUGUUGCUGGAGCUUCAGGGAAAAUUGAGGAUUUUCACAAUGGGACCUAUAAUGUGUAUUUCACUCUGUUUUGGAAAGGUCAAGUGAAGAUAUCUAUUCUCUUGAUCCAUCCUAGUGAAGGAAUCUCUGCUUUAUGGAAGGCAAGAAACCAUCAAUACAACUAUAUUUCGUAUACUGGAUUAUUCCUCAACAACAGUAAUACGGUUUCCACAAGAUGUGACUUUUCUUUAGAUGAAAAGGGAGAAAAAUGUGAAUAUGUGGAUAAAAGGUACGGAGAGUCCUUCUACUGCAUGAGACCUUCCGGUGUAGCUUGUGAGGCUUUCAUAUCUCUGAAGAGUGGAAACAAACCUUACACUUCUUUCACUGAUGAACAGAAGAAGCUCUUUAUGAGGUCCUUCAGUUAUGGAGUAGAGAUUCCUAAACUAAUUGAAAGUGUUAACGUUCUGGAGUGUCCAGACCGCCCAAUGAAAGUGUCAACAUCAGCAUGUCAAACUGGGAUGUUCCCCCCUUUCCCCAGUGGAUAUUUCCUGAACAACCAAUGGUUUACGAUAUACUGCAACCUAACAACUUAUAACCCCUUUUAUAAUAUUAAAACUUGUUUGGCUGGUAAAACGAUAUAUUUGAUGGGAGAUUCAACAAUUCGUCAGUGGGUUGAGUAUGUUCCGAAAGUCAUGAAGACAUAUUUGCUCUAUAAUAAUCAUGGAAUUGGCAGGCAUAAGACCAUUUUAGGAUAUGAUUUAACAAACCAGAUUUACAUUCAAUGGAAGAAGCAUGGACACCCAUUUGUAACUCAGAGUUUCUUCAACAUGAAAGACCAUUCCUAUAUCACUAAUGAAAUUGACCUGAUUGGCGGAGGCGCUUACACCAUCAUCGUCAUUUCUGUAGGACAACAUUUCAGACCCUUUCCCCUUGACCUGUUCAUCAGAAGAGUUCUCAAUAUUCGCAAAGCCAUUGAAAAUUUGUUUUUAAGAAGUCCUGAUACCAAAGUCAUCAUAAAGUCAGAAAAUACCAGAGAAAUGAAUGGUGAUGUUGAACGAUUCAGUGAUUUCCAUGGAUACAUCCAAUAUCUCCUGGUGAAGGACAUUUUCAGAGGACUUAAUGUUGGUGUGAUCGAUGCUUGGGACAUGACCACAGCCUAUGGAUCGUAUAGUGUCCAUCCACCAGAAGAAGUCAUUAAAAAUCAAAUCAAUCUUUUUCUUUCUUACAUUUGUUAA